GUGGGACGCUUCUGCCUGCCCCUCCACAGUUUGCUCCCCCGGGCAGUUACUCGCACUUUGCUGCGAUGCAGUCGGCCCAGGUGAUUCCCACCCUGACACGGCCUAGCCCUGCCCCCUUCGUGUACCCACCAAUGAUCUACUGGCCGUAUCCGUCCCCCCCGGUCAGCCCGACCUCUUACUACGGAGGUGGUAUGCCUCCCAACGCAGUUGCUCCACCGGGCCAGGUGGCACCCAUGGGGGGGCCGGCGCCCCUCCAGGGGCCUCCACCUCACCCCCCGCACGCCCUGGUAAUCUCGCAGCCCGGCUUGCCGUUCUCGGUUAGCCCUAACGGCGAUAUGCUCAACUUAUUUCAAGGCUUUCCAGAGUGGGCUGGCUUGGAAUAUGUGAAUACUGCUCAUCUGACACCGCCUGCUAUCAGUAAUGUUGGACUGCAUUCUGCUGUUGCGUAACUGUGAUGGACAACUGAUGCUGCUCUUUACCUAUGUCUCCACCUCCAAGUGAUUGGUAAACAUGCCAUUUUCCUGCCGUUGUGCGUCAACCUAUGUACAUAUGUGUAUGUACUGACUUUGAGUCACUGUAAUGUUGACUGAUUUUGUACUUGUGCAAUAUUGUUAAUGCUCGUCCUCUCUGAGAACAAGUAACUUAUUAUUUUGUUGAUUCCCCCCUCCCCUAUCCGAUUAUAUCAUUUUUCUUAUGAACUUUCAAUACCUUACCUAAAUUUUGCAGAUUUGCAUUGCAGAGUCCGUAACUCAUUUUUUUCCCAAAGAUGAUUUAAAUGUAGCUAUUAAAAAUGCUUCUCAUUAAAGUGCCUACUUAUAGGUUGAUUUACAUGAAAUGUUAUUGCUGAAAUUUUGUAUUUAUAGUAUUGUUAAUUGUUUAAAAUGUUUAGUUUUUAUAUAUAGAUAAUAUAUUUUUUGAAUGAUGAAGCUUUUAAGCACUGAAGUUAGUACACAAAAGCAAUUCUUGACAGUCAAUGUAAGUCUGUAGAAAUUUAUAUUAUAUCUAUUAAAAGUGUUAUCUGCAUUGUAGACGCUAUUAUAAGAUGAGCUCCAUAGAGAGGCGCGUUUGGUUUUUCGGUGUAAAAGUUACAAUUUGAGGCUUUUAUUAAAUCAGAGCUUUGGCACCUGCUCCUCUUAGUUUAAUUUGGCUGUGAAUAAGCUGUAAACAUCUGACUGAGAAAAUUCAUUGAGGAGUUUCUUUAUUCUUGGGUGACACAAUCCCAUACUUUUCAUUAAGAAAUAUUAUCGUUUUAUUCAUCUGACAAGUUUGGGUAAAAUUGACUUUUGUGCUCUUAAAUAUCAAUCACUAUUGUGGGUUUUCUUAGCUCUGCUGCCACUUUACUGAUGACGUUUCUAAGUCAUAUUCCUAUUUUGAUCACUAGAAAAUCUCUCUUAAUCUGACGUGGUUUCAUGCUUCUGGCAUGUGGUCAUCAAGCCCUUUAUCUUUUCUUUGUUUAUCCUGUAACUCUUAAAGAAUUAGUAAUGAAUCUUGUUAACUUGGCCUUUUUGUUUUCUUUUUUGCAAUCUAGUCUUCUUUGAAUUCAUUUGUUAAAAUUUAUCUGUAACUCAGUACUUGUCAGACAUGAAAUAAUUCCUGUACUUUACCUCAUGGCUGUUUUGUGUGAUUGUCUUGCUGUGAAUGAUUGUAUUCAUGAGUUUGUGCUCAUUAUAAAACGGUCAUCAGAAUUAGUAUGAAUUGCAUAUUGUUUUUAUUGACACUUGUAUAUUCUGCUCCCAUUUUGAGGAAUUGAUACUAUGUUGCACAAAAACUGGCUUUCACUCGUACUUUGUCAAGUGCUUUCUGAUUAAUCUUGACCACUUUCUCUAAGUGUUACAUGGUUUUGACACAACAGAUGAUAUAUAUCUAAUCUCCCUUUAGUAGAUUUAAGACUGUUUAAAUGCUCUUUAUUUUAACCAGAAAACAACGAAACAAUUCCCAAACAUUUGAAUAUUGCAUGUUUUGAUUUAUAAUUAUAGAAUCUUUUCUGUUAAUUUUGAUUAUGCCUAUGCCCUAUCUUGUUGUCCGUUAUUUAUUUGCAUUGUUAGUGUUUUCUUAAAUGAGAAUCAGUGUUUAGCUGUUCCUUGGGAUGAAGUCCCUGCACCAGUACUGUGAUUAUGAUUUAUUGUAAAUUAGUGAAGCUCCUGUCAAAAUUGAUAUUUAUCUAUCUAUACUAUGGUGCCAGAAGAGCUCAUGGUGGUACUUAGCUCAUUUGACUUUAUUUCAAAACAGCUAAAUAGUAAGUGUUAGAUUAAGUAGUGCUGCACUUUACUUAAAGUUGUGGAAAAUAGGUUGUGAAAUUAAAUGGAAUAUGCUUCUGAUUUCAUUGUAAUUAUUUUAAUUGGUUAGGACUAUGAAAUACUGGCCCGAAUUUGAAAGGAACUUUGCACAUUGCUUUUGAAUUGCUUCUCAUUGUUCCUAUAUUUCUCAGUCACUGAUGUUGCAGAAAAGUAAAGGACUGCUAUGAGUUUUGCAUGUGCAAUUGCAGCAUUUUAAAUUCGGUUCAGUGUACUAAUUGACUUUGCCAAUCAUACUUGCAAGCUGCUCUUUUCUGUGAUAUACAGUACCUAUGUAGCUGAUUGGUUGUAAUCUGUUGAGAUGUCUCUCUGCCAGAACUGUGCUAAAUGUGAUAAGAGAUGGUAACGACAACCAUGAGCUUUCUUCGCUGUUUCGUCUUGCCUUAUUUUUAAUUUUGUUUUUCACUUUAAAUUCUGAAGACGCACAAGCAGUGCUCGUGAUAGCUGACUGUUUCAUCCUGGUUAUCAUAUCUUUUCUCCUAAAGGUCAAGCAGUAUAAGAUUUUGAAUUUUUUUUAUGACCUUGACCAUGCCUUAACUAGGGAGGUAGAGGGAAAGUCUCAACAGACAAAGCAGCUGGUGAAACCAAACUUCUCUGUAUCAGAUAAAGAUCAAAUUGCAUCUGUCUGGUGAAUUGUAGGCUUCCACUGAGCUUGCCUUUGUUUUUAUUAGACCGGUCAGCAUUGACAUUCUGUAGUUUAUAUCAACUUAAUUAUAAUUUUUUGAUUCUAAGAAAUAAUGUGACCACCAAAAUAUCCAAUCACAUAUCAUGUUAGUGUGAAACCUGCAUCUUGAUUCAUUUUAAGUGCUAGGUUGAUACUACCGCAGUUCAACUGAGGAGACCAUCAUGGAAAAUAAAAGUAAGUCAAAUUGUAAUACGUUGUUCAUGGAAUGAUUCUGGUCUCUGAAGUGUGUACUGAUUGAGAUGUUUUUACAUCGCUCUCACAGUUUAGGUAUUGAUUUAGACGCAAUAACAGGAUGUAGUCUGUAAUGGGUGUUAUUCCUUUGAUUUUUAAUGUUCCUCAAAUAGGUAAGUGGAACAUGAAGGAAUUCUGCUGAAAAUUUGGUGCUUUGAUAUGCAGAUUAUGGCUACAUCAUGUUGUAUAUGUAGUGAUAUGUAAAGUUAAGGAAAAGUGUACAAAGAUGAAUAUUACAUUUCAAUUAUAUUGUUUCCAGUCUUGCAAUGAGUUGCAGACAGUAUUAGCUUUCAAGCAGUACUGUUGAUCUAGGUAUGUGAUUAUACUUUUAAGUAUCACAAAUUGAUAGUGUUUCUAGUAGUUGACUAACGUCUAUGAAUAUGCAGUUUGUAUCUAUUCUUUUGUGUCAUACAUUCAAUUUCAGCAUUAUUAACUUUCUUGAAGACGAUAUUUUAUCUUCCAUUUCAGUUCCACACUCUUUUUAAACAAUAUGUAAAUUGGUUCAAAUUUUGUUUUGGCCAGAGGAAUCAAACUCGCGUUUUGCUUUGAUUGGUUUGACGAAACGCUUCUGUGAUAACCAAUCUUAAAGGUUUCCUUUUCCUCCAUUUCUUUAUUUCCUUACAUUAUACCAGUCUUUUCAGCAAUUUUCACUGAUAUCCUGUAAAUUCUUUACAACUCUUGUCCAUAGACUUUAGUGUGUACUAUUUAUAGUCCAAGUAGAUUUGAAAUGUUUUUGAAUUAUUAUUAUAUUAUAGAUGCAUAUUUUAUGUUGAUAAAUUUUUAAUGUGUUAACUACUGCACCCAUGUUAAAGAUGUUCAAAUGAAUUACUAUAUUUCCGUGCUGUGAGCACAAGAUAGGUGUGAAUGAGUGCAUGUAUGACGUAAUGUGUCACGUUUGUGUGUUUGAGAUCAAUUGGAAUGUUUGUGUUGCUUAUGUUUGAAAGAAAUGCCCAUGGAAGUAAAAUUUCAUGUGUCAAUGAAAGUGCCAGUUAUGACUGGUUAGUCAAAUUAAUGAAUUUGUGCAAUAAUAUACAAAAUCUGUUGUGUUAAAUCCAGCAUAAAAGUGUUAUUAGUAUAAAGUUAUGAAAUUAGGAAGUUUUCAAUAUUCAACAUUUUCUGCACUAUGUUAUUGCAUGUUUUAAAAAUACUGCUUAGAUUCAUUUAAUUAAAAUAAAGUUAUUGAAAUUAGCACUGCCUAAUCAUGCCCCAUUAUUUCCCUAACUCCAUACUAUGGUGGUUCGAAUUUGGACUUUUUCCAUGACAAUGGAGACAAGGAUACCUUGACCAAUUCAGUUUUGGGGGAAGUUAAGUGAUUCUUGUGCCGGAUGUGAUGAGAAUGUCCUCCUGGACGCUCGGGGUGGUCUGACGCUGUCUCCGUUCACAUCCGUUGGCCUGAUCAGCGCGUUGCAAGCAUCCUCAGUGCUCUGUCAGCUCAUAAGUGUACAUUGUCUACUUUAAAGAAAGUAGACAUGCUCAUGUCUAUUAAAGAAAGUAAACACUAACUAUGUGUGUAUCUUUUUCAAUGUAGACUUGACCAUGUCUGCUUUCUGGUGACUGUUUUGACUUGAAGUGAUUUUUUUUACUAUAAUUUUUCUGCCUUUUUUUGUAAUUUUUUUCUCUUUUCACCCUUUCAAUUGAAGUGUUGCGAUUGUGAGCUUUUUUGUGACUGAUAUUACCUUUUUUGACUGUUGGUGACUUGAAGUGACCUUUUUUGGCGGAUAGCGCCCACCGCCCCACCUCCUCGGCCUGGGGCUCGAAGCCUAGCAGCGGGGAGACCUCCGGAGACCUCUAUAGUAUACUACAGCUGUAGAUCUCCAGAAUCGGAAUCCUAUCCACUCUUAUUGGCGGUCCAACGGCACACCCAGCACCAUGUUUGGCACUUGGACCGCUCCGUGCGCCGCUCUGGUUGUGGCACUCAUGUGCUGCCCGUCCACAGACGGACUUCCGCCGCAUCCGCCCCACAGUUUAGUCGGACGUCACCCUGACCACAGCAACGACCAUUGCCAUAGUGGGAACAAGGUACUGUCUCCGGCCAUGUGUAACGGUCUAUGCCUCAACCAGACUUCGACGGGAGGCCUCUGCAAAGAUGGCUUGUGCCUGUGCUACUGGCCCGCUGUGGAGGUCGGUGACCAGUCAACUACCGGUAUAUCAGCGUCUACCGCCUCCGCAGCUGCUGGCGCUGGCCAAACCACACCGUCACCGCACACUGAAAAUGUAUAAAAUAUACGAUAUUAGUUGAAACCAAA